AUGAUCACUGGCUUUGUAUUUAUUUUCUUUGUGAUUACAAAUGAUUUGCUUUGCCUUUCUGGAAAGGGCUCAGUUUUACCUCCAAUUAAACUGGGAAGUCAUCGUACUAUCCAGCAUUCGGACAUCAAGGGAUGCCAGAAGAAGCUGGUGGAACAGCUGACGCGGCACGUGCAGGAGUGCCCUGGGGGACCGUGCCCGGGGGGCCCUGGCCCGCCCACCCGCAAGCUGAUCGGGCGGUGCCUGGCCACGCUGUUCAGUGUCGGGGACACCUUCCUGCUCUUCGACACGGUCAACAAGUGCAACGACAUUCUUAGGAACAAGGAUGACUCUCCCAGCUUUCUUCCCACAAGACUGGCCGCCAUCUGCUGCGUGGGCUACAUGUACGAGAAGCUGGGCCGCAUGAUGGGCCGCUCGUACGAGGAGACGGUGCAGAUCCUCGUCAAGUCCCUGCGGAACGCCGAGUCCCAGACUCGCAUCGAGAUCAUGAUCACCCUGGAGAAGGUCUGCAGCGGCAUGGGCACCGCCAUCUCCAACGUGCACAAGGAGAUCUACAAGGCGGCCCGGCACUGCCUCACGGACAGGGUCAUGGCGGUACGCUGCGCGGCGGCCAGGUGCCUGCUGGAGAUGCUGAACCACGCGCCAUUCCUGUACCUGACGGAGCUGGAGGGGCUGGCUACCCUCUGCUUCAGGGCCUUCGACGGCUCCAACUACGAGGUGCGGUGCGCCGUGGCGCGACUCUUGGGGGCGCUGGUCGCCACCACGCAGCAGCCGCAGCGCGGCAACCAGGCUGCACAAAACUCCAAGGCGGUCAAGUCCAUCUCGCUGGAGGAGGCCCUGGGCGUGCUGAUGACGGGCUUCCUCCGGGGCGGCACCGGCUUCCUCAAGGGCACCGGCGAGAUGAUCAAGGGCAGCUCCGGCGUGAACCGGGAGGUGCGCGUGGGCGUGACGCACGCCUACGUGGUGUUCGUCCAGAUCCUGGGCGGCGCCUGGCUGGAGCGCAACCUGGGCGCGCUGCUGAGCCACGUCCUGGACCUGGUGGCCAACCCCAAGGCGGCCAGCUCGCACGUGGACGCCGUCUACUCGCGCAAGUGCAUCAGCUUCAUCCUGCGCUCGGUGCUGGGCCGCAUGCUCGGCGAGAAGGCCCAGGCCUCGGCGGCCAAGGAGAUCGCGCAGAUCAUCCUCAAGCAGAUGAACUCGAUCGACUUCAACCCGGAGAACGCCAAGGACUGCAACCAGGAGACGCUGUUCGGCCAGCACCUGCUGGUGUGCGCGCUGCAGGAGCUGGGCGCGCUGGUGCUGGGGCUGGGCACCACGGCCGCCAUCCUGCUCACGGACCAGUCGCUGAGCCUGGUGGACGCCGCGGUGGCCGUGCUCGUGCACCCGUGCCAGGCCGCGCGCCUCGCGGCCGCCUGGGCGCUGCGCUGCAUCUGCGUGGCGGUGCCGGCGCAGAGCACGCCGCUCAUCGACAAGUGCGUCGAGGGCAUCGAGAACAUGCGCACGUCCCCGGAGGCCAUCGGCGGCUACAGCGCGGCGCUGGCGGCCGUGCUGGGCGGGGUGCGCCUGUCGCCGCUCGGGGUGCCGCACACCAAGGGCAAGGUCAUCUUCAACACGGCCGAGGAGCUGCUGCGCAGCGCCAGCCAGAACAGCCGCCUGUCGCUGAACCGCACGCAGGCGGGCUGGCUGCUCAUCGGCGCCAUCAUGACCCUGGGCGUGCCCGUGGUGCGGGGGCUGCUGCCGCGCAUGCUGCUGCUGUGGCGCAACUCGUUCCCGCGCUCCAACAAGGAGCUCGAGUCGGAGAAGGCCCGCGGCGACGCCUUCACCUGGCAGGUCACCCUGGAGGGGCGCGCGGGUGCGCUCUCGGCCAUGCACAGCUUCGUGCAGAACUGCCCCGAGCUGGUGACCGACGACAUCACCCGCCGCCUGCUCACCCCCAUCGAGUCCGCGCUCGCCAUGCUCACCAAUAUAUCAAACGUCUUGAAGACGUAUGGGCAGCAUCUUAAAGCACCGUCAGCCAUGGUCAGGUUGCGUCUCUAUGAGACUCUGGCCCUGCUGCCCCCCACUGCAUUCGAAGGUUCUUACACACAUCUGCUAAGAAUGCUGGUGGCUGAGUUUACUCUCACCGAGAAUUCUGCAAACACCACCACCUCUCUCCUGCGCGCGGUUUGCCAUGCAGAUGACUCUGUGAUUCUUGGAACUUGGCUCCAGGAGACCGACCACCGCACCAUCGAAGACCAGAUGGAGCCAAAUCACAGGGCGGAUGGGGAGCAUUUGCAGCCAAACAGUGCUGCAGGUUCUGGCGCAUUGGAGCAUGAUUCCUGCUGUCUCUACCGCCCUCUUUCAAGUGGUGAAUGUGUUCCUGGCCCACUCCCCCUGGGCGUUGCGGUGAUUGAUCAGUCAGUAGCACUUUUUGGUCAAAUCUUCCCCAGAGUUGCCAAUAAACAUCGUCUCCAGAUGCUGGAACACUUCUCUGAGUGUCUGAAGCAUGCCAAGUCUGUACGCCAGGAGGCAGUACAAAUGAAUGUGUUCACUGCUGUUCUCAGUGGUCUCCGGGGUUUGGCAGAAACAAAGAGUAGUUUUGGACAGGAAGAUGUCCGGAAAGCUGCAACAAAUUUAAUUAUUAGUUCACUUACCAGUGGCAACCCCAUCCUGCGAUGCGCUGCUGGUGAGUCACUUGGCAGAAUGGCCCAGGUAGUGGGUGACCCCCGCUUCACUGCUGAGUUAGCGCAGACUAGUUUUGACCGCCUCAAGUCAGCUCGUGAUGUGGCCAGCCGCACUGGGCACUCACUUGCUUUGGGAUGCCUGCAUCGCUACGUGGGAGGCAUGGGCUCUAGCCAGCAUUUAAACACUAGUGUGAGCAUACUGCUUGCCCUAGCUCAGGACUCAACCUCACCAGUGGUGCAAGUGUGGUCUCUUCAUGCUCUGGCCUUGAUAGCUGACUCUGGCGGUCCAAUGUUCAGAGGCUAUGUAGAGCCAACAUUAUCCUUGGCCUUGAAACUUUUAUUGAAUGUACCUCAGUCUCAUGUUGAUGUGCACCAAUGUAUAGGAAAAGUGCUAUCUGCCCUCAUAACUACAGUUGGGCCAGAACUUCAAGGAAACACAACUUCCAUCUGCAUGGCUCGGUCAUCGUUCCUCUGUGCAUGUGCUAUUAUGCAGGACCACCAGGACCCGCUGGUUCAGGCUGAGGCCACAGGGUGUUUGCAGCAGCUGCACCUAUUUGCUCCGAGGCAUGUCAACCUGUCCUCACUUGUGCCAACACUCUGUCGCACGCUGUCCAGCAGCCACCUGCUGCUGCGCAAGGCGGCCAUCUCGUGCCUGAGGCAGCUGGCGCAGCGCGAGGCCCGGGAGGUGUGCGAGCACGCCAUGAGCCUGGCCAGCGAGGCCGCGGGGGCGGGGGUGGGCCCCGGGGCCGGCGGCGGGGAGGCCGAGGGGCUCACCAUCACGGAGAGCGGCCUGCCCGGCGUGCUGUUCUGCAUGCUGGACACGGAGACGGACGCGCCGCUCAUCAAGGACAUCCACGACACGCUCACCAGCAUGCUGCAGGUGCUCGCCGCCGACAGCCUGGGCCAGUGGCUGGGGCUCUGCAAGGACGUGCUCACCGUCUCCACUGACUCCACGGGCCCGGACGACCCCGGCGCGGGCGUGUCGCUGGCGGGGGAGGCAGCCGUGGAGGGGGACGGCGCCGACGACGAGGACGCCGACGACGACCAGGAGGAGUUCCACGCGGCGGAGGAGCGCGCGCGGCCGCUGCAGCCCCGCUGGCCCACCAGGGUGUUCGCCGCCGAGUGUGUGCGCCGGAUCAUCGCCGCCUGCCACUCCAACAAGGCCGUGCGCGCGCACUUCGACCUCGCGCUCGCCAAGGAGCAGCAGCUCACCAAGACUCGUGGAGACUUUUUGGUGUUGCACCUUUCGGAUCUGGUCCGCAUGGCGUUCAUGGCCGCGACCAGUGACUCCGACCCCCUUCGCCUGGAGGGCCUGAAGACCCUGCAGGAAGUCAUCGACAAGUUCGCCGCGGUGCCCGAGCCCGAGUUCCCCGGCCACCUCUUGCUGGAGCAGUUCCAGGCCCAGGUCGGAGCGGCGCUGCGGCCAGCCUUCUCGCCCGAGACGCCCUCGCACGUGACCGCCAUGGCCUGCCAGGUGAGCAGCGCCUGGAUCGGCAGCGGCGUCGCCCGGGACCUCAACGACCUGCGCCGCGUGCACCAGCUGCUCGUGAGCUCGCUCACCAAGCUGCAGAAGGGCUCCAGCAGCGGCAAGCUCUACAACGAGAGCCUCGCCACCCUGGAGCGGCUCGCCAUCCUCAAGGCCUGGGCCGAGGUGUACGUGGUUGCGAUGGUGGGCGACGAGUCCGGGGGCCGGGCGCGCGCCCGGGUCGAGGACGCCGACGCCGACAGCGACUUCGGCGAGUUCAAGUCCCAGGGCGAGAGCCUGCUCUCGCUCGUGCAGCCCGAGCUGCCCAGCCUGUCGCGCCACUGGCUGGCUGCGCUGCGCGACCACGCCCUGCUGUCGCUGCCUCCUGAGUUCUCGAGCCAGCUGCCGCACGACGGGGGAGCCUUCUACACCACGGACACCACCGACUCCUCCCGGCCGCACUACUCGGCGUGCUGGGCGCCCAUCCUCCGCGCGGCUGCCUUGUGGCUCAGCGCCGGCGGCCAGCACGGCGGCGAGGUGCAGGACAAGGCCGCCGACCACCACGCCGACAACGCCAGCGUGGCCAAGGGCGCCGUGGACUCGCCCGCCGACAGGUUCCACCUGCUUUUCGGCAUCUGCAUGGAGGCGCUGUGCUGCCCGCGGUCCUCGCAGCCGCAGGAGAGCCUGCUGACCUGCCUGCGGGCGCUGCACUCCCUGCUGGACGCGCCCUGGGCGCGGGGCAUC